UCACAGGAGGAGGAGCAACACUUUUCUCAUGUGAUGCAUGGAGAGGACUCUCUGCAGAAUGUCUCCAGAUCCAGCUUGCCUCUUUUUCCAGUGGCCAGGGAGACUAAGCAUGUUCUUCCUCAUGGGUUCUUUGUAAUUCCCCUGGAUGGUAGUGAGAGCGAUGGCAACGAAAGUUGAAGUCAGCUCUGUCCUGACAUCCCUGACCAAUCGAAGCGAGCUUGUGAAUGAGGCAACACUUCAACACACCUUUGCCAGCAAUCUUUCUGAUACAAGCAACAAGUCCAAUGAACAUCCAAGUUCUGUGUCCCCACAAAUUUCAGAAGGAAGGAGCACAUUUGGGAACCCUAUGAGACCAGCAACAAUGCCUCCAGCUACUUCAAGGCCACGAUUAACUCCAAAGCCAUUCUCAAGGGAGAAGUCUUGGGACACUUUUGCAGCGGUGAAAGCUCCUGUCCCCACAGCCAAACCUGGCAAUGUCGCCCGCACACCCUUUGCAUUUGCCAAAAACAUUGAAGACAAUGUGGCAGAUGCUAAGGGAAUGCUUAGUGGAAGCAUUCCGCCCUUGGUAGAGCAAAACUUAAUCGAGAACAAAAGCACAAGUGAGUUUGUUGCAAAUAUGCCCUUUUAUUCCAGUCCCCAGGCUAACACAGUAAUCCUAUUUGAAACCAGAAGUACUGAGGAAACAAGGAUGAAGUUAUCUUCUGAGAAAACAUACAGCACUUUACGGGCGCAGGAGAGACAGCUUCCCUCAGAAUCAGAAAUGUCCUACAGAAGACCUGAAGGUGCUGCCAUUCAACGGCAAUUUUCUGUUUCCUCAGAGUCCAAGCCUGUCUCCUGCAACCCUCAUAGAUCUCUCGAAAGGAAACAGUCCUUUUCAGGUGCUACUGAGGAAAGGCCUAAAAAUGUUGGAAAGCAGCAGAGCAGCGCUAGUUUGGCUAGCGAGGAGCAGCCAAGGCCCAAACAGAGACCAGUGUCUGCCAUUUUUCUGGAGUCCUUAAAGGAUCAAAAGCAGUGUGGAACUGAUGUUUCUGAUGAAAAACCUAAUCCUGAAAAGUCCUGGGUUAGGAAGCCUCGCCCACUAUCCAUGGAUCUUACAGCAAAAUUUGAAAUCCGAGACUUUUCAAUUCAAAGGAAAUCUUGCCCAUCUGAAAGCAAGGAGAGGAACCUCCUUACCAAUGAGGGCAGCAGCAGACCAUUUGAACUGAGGACCAAGAGUGAAGCAGAAGGGUUAAAUAAAGUAGAUUCUUCUAAGUCACAUUUGAAAAGUGCCACUCAGGUUGAUGACUGCCUGGGUAUUAAAAGUAAAACUACUGCUCAAAUCCAGAAGCCCUCUUCAAAUGAAGUUGGGUCCCUAGGCCGGAACACUCCAAAAGACUUGAAUCAAGUCUCUGCAAAGCACAGAAAAUACCUAUGGGAGAUGAGACUUAAAAGCCAAGAGGAAGAAAAUGGGAGAGAAACAGAUAUUGCAGCAACUUCAGGAAAAAACACAGAGCCACCCCGUAGCGAAGCGCUGUCUGGCAAAGAGAGAAUGGCACCAAACCACAAGGGAACUUGUGCCUUUAGUGAAAUCUCUGCAAAUGUUUCAGACACCAAAAACAAAAGCUUGAGGGAAGGCACUAUAAAAAAAAAAGUGAAUUUACCAGAUGCAUUUGAAAGCUGCGCACCUCCAGUGAAUGCUGAAUCCUUCCCAGAAAGUCCUGGGAAAGAAAACAAAAUUAUGAACAUCCAGCAGAGGAUCAGAGAACUGACUGCUGAAAAUACAGAGACAAAGCCAGGAAACCUGCGCCAGUCAUUCCGCUUGCGGCCUCUUUCUGCAGACUUGACCAAACUGAUGAGGCACAUUUCCUGCAUGCAACAGAUUCUAGAGAAGCCCAUUUGGCUGGAACUCCCUGGAAGCUACAGCAGCCUUUAA